AUGGCGACCGCCGAAAAGACCAAGGAGCAGCAGAAGCAAUUCCAGGUGCCAGACUACGACUCGGAAGAAGAUUACGACAGUGCCGACGAUGUCGAAUACUCUGAUGAGGAAGAAGAAGUUGCCCCCAAGAAGAAACAGCAGCUGCAGCGCCGGCGGCAACAGCCCAAAGAGGCCGAUGAAUACUCCGAUGACGACGAUCAAUAUGAUUCGGAAGAGUUCGACGACGAGGAUGACUACUCUGAUGAAUACUCCGACGAUGACGACGUGGUCCAGGGCAAGUCCAUGCAGCCCUGGUCGCAGGGCUCUUCGGGCGAACGCCCUAGCGGGGGCAUGAACUUUGCUCCGCAGGAGAAGACCGGCGAUGCCUUUGCUGAUCAAGAUGGCAUGAAAUUGAAGCUCGAGUUGAAUCUCGAGAUUGAGGUCGAGCUGAAGGCUCGCAUUCACGGUGACCUGACCUUGGCACUCAUGUAA